CAAAAUAGAAAAGUAGCUAAGGGAAAUGAUAUUCUGGCGAAAAUCAAACUAUUUUUCUUCUCCAUGGAAUAGAAGUAUAGAACCCUAACUCUAAUUAAUUUCUCAUUUUCCUCUUCAAUCAAUGGAAGAUUCAAAAUCAAUCGAUGAUGACGACCAAUUUCUGGACGCUUUGGACGAAUUCCCCUUCUACGAUUGCUCAAACAAUUUCGAUUCAUCCCUCGAUUCCUCUUCUCAACCCUAUCUCUCUCCUCCUUUUUCCAAUUCAAAUUUCUCGGAAAAAGGGGGACUUCGUCGUCGCCAUUCACUUAAAACCCAAAAAUCAAAGGAUUCAGAUGAAGUCGAAUCCUCAUCAAAAACUAUAACUGAGAGUUUAAAUGAAGAAAAAGAGAGUUCUACAGCUACCAGGGAUGAGAUUAGUGAAGAAUCACCAUCUUCAUUGAGAGAAAGGGAAUCUGAAGAUGGGUCAUUUAAUUUAUUGAUUUAUCUUUCCGAAUUGAUAGUUAAAGCAAUUGGGUUUCAAUUUAAUCUGCUAAUUAAUUUUAUAAGCUUUCCUUUUUGGGUGCUGUAUUAUUCUUGUAUGUUUGCUAUAAACCCAUUAUAUGUAAUUGGGAUUGGUAAGAGCUUUUUUAUUGGAAAAAUUGCAAGACUAUGGAAACUUAUUGGUGAUACAUUGAGUCCAUUUAUGUCAGAAUGGCUAAAGAAGCAUGAAUUAUGGUUGGGUUUUGCUUUGCGCUGUGGCUGGGGAUUGUUUUGGUCAGUUUAUGUUUGCUCCAUAUUAGUUAUUUUGUUGAUUUCUUCAUUUGUGAUUGGUGGGUUGAUGAUGAGAUAUUAUGUUGUUGAAGAACCAUUUCAGUUAAAGCAAGGAUUGAACUUUGAUUAUACUAAAACAAAGCCUGUUGCUUUUGUGCCUAUUGUGAUUUGUUCUACUUCAGAAUGUACUGAUAAAAAUGAGAAUGUGGAUACUUCUAAAUUUGUUAGAGUUAUACCUCCUAAACAUAAGUUGCAGACAACUGUAACCAUGGUUUUACCCGAGUCGGAUUACAAUCGGAAUCUGGGGAUCUUUCAGGUGAGGGCAGAAUUCCUAUCUGAAAACGGCAAAUCGCUAGCCAGUUUCAGCCAUCCAUGCAUGUUAGCAUUCAGAAGCCAGCCACUCCGCCUUCUGUUAACAUUUUUUAAGAUUGUCCCACUUGUUGCCGGUUAUCUCUCCGAGACCCAAACUUUGAAGUUAACAUUCAGUGGAUACCGUGAAGGGGUCAUUCCUACCGCAUGCUUGAAGAUAACAAUGGAACAACGAGCAGAAUUUCGUCCUGGAGCUGGUAUUCCUGAAGUGUAUGAUGCGUUUGUACAUCUUGAAUCCGAACUCCCAUUCUUUAAACGAAUACUAUGGUAUUGGAGGAGAACUAUAUUUGUUUGGCUUAGUAUGACGAUAUUUGCAGUCGAGUUGGUGCUCGCUCUUUUAUGUUGCAGACCUGUCAUAAUGCCAAGAACAAGGUGUAAAAUUACUCGAACUCGAAGUAAUUGUUCCCUAACAAAUCGUCAAGUUCAAAGGUAGCUACUUCGAUUUCGGGUUUCUUGUAGCAGUCUUAGAGGUGUUCAUUCGGGUCAUCUGGUUGAUUUGGGUCAAGUAUUUUGGGUCGGUUCUUAAUCGGAUCUUGUGUUCACAUUGAUUUUUAUAUAAUAUAAAUUCUUUUUGAAGUCGGGUCAAGUCGGAUUCGGUUACAAGGUCAGGUGAAUAUCAGGUCGUCAGUGCUGUUUUGAACGCCUCUUUGUAGUCUAACUACCGCUGGUCGAUUUGUUUUUAUUCUUUUAUCAAAAUUUUGUUUGCUAAUUGUAUAAUGUUAUAGCAGUGGCUGUAUUUGUUCAUUUUGUGCAUAAGGUAAUUCAUCUUUGUAUACCCUUUUUUUGUUAACAGAACAGUUUCUAAUUCUAUACUUGAAUACUGGUAUAUUACUGUUUGUAAUCUGAGAGGUCCUUUUGUAUAGUUACCACUUACCAGUUAGGAAAUAAGAUGAUGAAAUUUCAUUCUUA